GACCGGGCAGCGAAUCCUCAGGCUGUAACACGACUCCAGCGUCGCCGACAGGGGCAGGGCUUUGGUUUAGUGCGGUGCCGCUACUACACCCCGAGCCACCGGCCACUGGAUGCCAGACUGGGAAACGCCGCGACCGGGUGAGGUGGGGGGAGGAUGUAACCAAGAGAGGGAACACCAUCAUCGAGACGGGUAAAGGCGGACGGACUUGCAUGGUUCCCAACAAAGAGAGACCAAAGCCGUAGCCUCCAACUUGGCAAAAUGAGCUGACAAUUAUUUUUAUAUGUAUUUUUAUACGGCAUUUUUUAUUUGCUCAUCCUGACUGGGGUAUGUGAUUUUUUUCCCUCUAAUAAUAAAGGUGCAUUGACAUUUAUGUGCUCGCAGCCUCCAUCCGCACCGUCAGUCUCACUUUAGUCCCCUUAGUGGUGGAGGAUCCGCAAUAAGGCGCAGACACCAUUUAAAGCUGUUAUUUGCGAAAGGUAACUAAGGAUUUGAUUUCUUGGUUUUACGGGCCUGCUGUGUGUUUUUUUUGUACCGGAUCAAAAUGAUGAACUCGAUACUUUUCGCCGAUGCGCCGUCAGCGGCCGCGAUGCCCGGCAACGCGGCGCCCAGCACGGGCUCGGGCGCGAUGACUAGCGUGCUACGGAAUGACCUGGGCUCCAACAUCCACGUCCUGAAGACGCUGAAUCUCCGCUUUCGCUGCUUCCUGGCCAAAGUCCAUGAACUGGAGCGCAGAAACAAACUGCUGGAGAACCAGCUCCAGCAAGCCUUGCAGAAGUCCCGGUACCGUGCGCUGUACAGCCGUGAUGCGGCGGUCCAAGCGGACCUCGCCACGGCGGAGCCGCAAUUCCAGGGACAUUUCCGUCAUUCCAGGUUGCCGGGUACCAUCUGGAGCUUCACCCACGUGAGGCGACACGGGGAGCGGCUGGAAACCCUUCAGGGCCCGGGGGUAACUUGGACGCACCCGGACGGGGUCGGGGUCCAAAUCGACACCAUCACGCCAGAAAUACGGGCGUUGUACAACGUGCUGGCGAAAGUCAAGCGAGAAAGAGACGAGUACAGGAGAAAGUGGGAAGAGGAGCUGUCUAAACGUCAACAACUGGAGUCUAUGGUGGGGACACUGCAGGAGAACGUCCAGGAGUCAGAGGCCAUCCAGGAGGCACUAAAUGAGAAGGUGGACAGGCUGAAGGCCGAGCUGGUGGUCUUCAAGAGCCUUGUGACUGACCAAAUGUCCGACCUGGACACUAAGAUCCAGGAGAAGGCCAUGAAGGUGGACAUGGACAUCUGCCGGCGCAUCGACAUCACGGCGAAGCUGUGCGACGUCGCCCAGCAACGCAACUCAGAAGACAUGUCUGUCAUGUUCAACGUGAGCCCAUCCAGGGUGUCGGCAGACAGGGCGACGAUGACCCGUAAGAAGGACCGGAAAGUAAUGUCAGACGAGGACAAUUCAGAGAUGGACGCUGACCCCAGCACCUCAGAGGAGGAGGUGGCCGGUUCGCUCAACAUCACCGAUGAGAUGAAGCGCAUGCUGAACCAGCUGAGGGAGACAUUCGACAUUGAUGACGACUGCGACAGCUUGACAUGGGAGGAGAACGAGGACACCCUUCUCCUGUGGGAGGACUUCACAAACCUCAACGCACCUCCUUCUCUCUGCGUGGCUGGCAGUGCGGCUGACUGUACUGGGGAAGGCCAGGAUGCUGUGUUCCAAGAUGGAACGUUGGGUACUCUCAUCAACGAGACAGAGUCCCUCUUCAAGACAAGAGAGAAGGAGUAUCAGGAGACCAUUGGGCAGAUCGAGCUGGAACUGGCCACAGCCAAGAGUGACAUGAACAGGCAUCUACAUGAGUACAUGGAGAUGUGCAGCAUGAAAAGAGGGCUGGACGUCCAGAUGGAGACCUGCAGGAGGUUAAUCAAGGGUGGCAGGACCUCACCGUCUUUCAGCUCAGUGGCCAGCAGCGAUUCGGGGAAUACAGACGAGAUCCAGGACGAGCUGGACAAGGACGGCGAUGGAGAGGGGGCGCCCAGCUGAUUGCCCCCUAGCCCCUACCCCAACUGGCCCUGCCCUGCCUUGGGUGGACUGUCUUGGACACCAUGACCCUAAAUGCUGCUGCCAAGGUCAUUCACCCCACCCUCACUGCUCCUUUAGUGGGAACAAUGCCUUUGGUUUCACUGGGCCCCGCUCAGUGCUACAGCUCACCUUUCCCCCGCCUGGCUGGUGGCCCUUGGGGGCCUCUGCUCCCCCCCUCCCCCCAACUUCCUCAUGCCAGGGAGACCCAUCUUCACAGGGAAGCACACAUCAGACAGUGCAGCUGUGUGCUGAGCUUUCUCUCAUCAAACACCUCCCCCUGCUUCGGACAGUUGGGCUUUAAUUAAUAGGGGAGGACAUCGGCGCCCCCUAUAGACAGGAGCUUUUUUACCCAUCACAGAGCAGGGACACGCAGCAAGAUAGAAAAUCAGAAAAAAAUACAUGAACCAUGCAGGACCUCACCGGGGGUGAGAAUUGUGGUGGGGGGGCAGAGAAUCAAGGCUUCUAAAUUGCACUAGCAAAGACCAAUCCCCCUGUUACUGGUGCCCAUCAUCUUGCCCUGCCUUAAAGUCACAUGAUCCUUCUUCCCCUUUUGGGGCAAAGGGGAGAUUGGCAGAGCCCCCCCAUAGCAAAGCACAUCCCCAAUUAAAAAAGAAUAUGCAAUUUGCUUGCCUUAUUUUUUAGACCAGUAUUUAUUACUGUCUUCAUUAUUAUCGAUGUUGUUUUGCAUUUUGCAGUGCGUUUUUGUAAGUUUGACAUGCAUGGAAGGUUCAGAACGUUUAGUCCAAUGAGAAAAACAGUGAACAGCGCCCCCGUGUGUCUGCGCUGAUGGAAACAGUAUGAGAAGGCAACUUUAACUAAUAUUCUUUUAAUUGAAUCUCAAACGAUUCAGUUGUUCUCCAGAAUAAUUCAACCUUUAUUAGAGCUAACAUGAAAUUAGUAAAACCUCCAUAGGAUGGGUUCACCAGCAAGUAUAUAUUAAUUAAUUUCUAGACCCUUUUUAGAUCUUAGCAGCAGCGGCGCUUUCGUAUUAUUCGUUUUGAUAAGACGGAGAAAAAAGGUGCAUGUAGUUAAUCAAAGUGGCCACUAGAUGUCAGCCUCGCGCUUUUCGUUAGGUUGCCAUUCAAACGUUCUCCUUGUUUUUUUUGCUUGUUUUUGCUUUUUUACGCGGAAAACCACAUGUAUUCGAAGACGGUUGGCGCCUGAUCGUACCCUUAGUGGCCUUUUGCGUGAAAUGCUGAUUACACAUUUGUAACGUUUAUGAGUUUUUCAUUUUCCAUAUGGUUAAUAUUUUUAAACGGGUGUAGGUGUUUGCAUACGUUUUGAUUUACGUUUUAUUUAUAUGCAUAAAACAACCUAUUGUGAAAAAGGAAGUCACAACACUGAUAUAUGUUAUAGUUAGUGAGGGCUAUGACAUUCAAGAAAACUUGCUACGUUACGGAUUACUGCAGUAUGAACCAUAACGUGAUACCUGUCUUGCAGUAAAACUGGUGAGAGUAUUGCGAAAUGUACAUAACAUGUUAAUUUGUUUCGACGAGCAGUUUUCUUUGCUCAGCUUGUCUCUUCGAGUUCUGCAUUUGCAUCUAAAUUGUUGUAGAUAUGAGGGAAAACUCCAAUCAUUACUGACCUAUUUCGUAUGAAUGAAAGACGCGCGCACACGCGAAACCCAAAGUAGCACAUAUUUCUUACAUCGUUUUUAAAUCGUUUAUUAAAUAGUUCGUGAAUCCCUCCUGUUGACCGUGGUACUAUAUUGGAAAAAAAACCUGAUGACGGACGAACUCGUUUUCCUUUUUUGUUAUUUUUGGUUUCAUUUGCCAUGCAGGUUUGUAUAUUGCUAAAUAUGAUUUGCUUUUAUGUAUCUGUGGAAGGGAUGGGAAAUGAGUGUUUUUUGCUGUCUAAUAUUCAAAGGAUUCCCAAUGCCACUGAUUUAAAAGCCAUUUUAACAGUAGAUUCGUCUUUACUUAAAAAGCAAGGAAAGGCACACAGUCCUUUAGUCAAGGGGCAUUUGAAGUCGGAACAGGCACUGCUACAGUACUAAGCACCUCAGAAACACUUUAGACGGGUUCUUCAGGGCAGGGGUGUGGGAGCUCCUGAUUCUGUUUACGCGGGCCAGUGUUGAAUUAGGACUGGCUAGGAUAGUUUUUCUAGUUUUGCACUUAACUUCCUUACCCAAGGACCCGGUCCAUCUCCACGGUGUCAUGGACCGCCUCAGCCAAAGAUCACCCGAAGCCCGACUGGCAUGCCUGUGUAUUCAGUGAUCAACAGCGACUCGCUCCUCCAAACUGAGGACGUAGAACUUGAGGGGCUGGUUUUAUUUGAUCCAACCAGUGCCCCUAAUCCCAAAACACAUGCAUAAAUUAUUGUUCAACUAUCGACGGCAGUGUUUUAUAUAGUUCAUGUAACGUCUUUUCUUAAAUCAGCGAAUAUAAAGAUCACUUUUAUAAAUAAAAAUGUUCCCAGACCCCUCGUAAGCAAAUGUUUUCCAGGCCUAGUUUAGCGAUGGAGUACUUUCCGUAACUAUCCCUUUGUCGCAAAACUCUUGUGCAAUGUGAUUUUCAAAAGUAACAGGCAGGACAUAACACAAAUUACAGUCAAAACAUUUCUUACCUAGUUAUGCAGUCCGAUUUCCUCUGCACACAAGAGAGAUGAACAGUCAUGGACCAUGUCAAAAUUUUGAAGUACCCUAUGCUAACUUGUGAAUUUCCACGCAUCUCAAUGUGUUUCGCUGUCAUGGAUGACGGCACCGUUAAAGAACCGUAUCAGACAUUCUUUUAAUGAACCAUUGGAUGUUUCUCAUUAUGUCAUUGGUUAACCCAUAGUUUGAUCUGGCGGCAUGGCAAUCACCAUGUGGAAAACGAAACGUUUAGCCGUUAAUCUAAACUCACGUCAGCCUGGCUUUACCAAACUAUAAUUUAUUUUUAGUGUCUAAAAUACUUCAUUCCACAUGCUGCUAGCCAUUAACCAAAAAAAGACAGCUUCUGGCGGGGGUGCAUACCUACCAUGACUACUUACAUCAGGACUGCUUACAUCACAGAAUUUUCCUACCAGCUCCAAAAUCCGUGAAGCCUGUGAUCCUCAUUGGACCGAGAACCCCUAUGAACACGCUGCUUCAGACCUUUGUGUUAGCAAGGGGCAUUAAAGGCUGAACUAGCCACAACAAUUCUGUUAUUUCUUUAUUUUAUUUUUGAAAUAUAUUCUCUGUCGCCUUAUCAGCCCAUCAGGGUACUAACCUUUUUUCCCCAAAAAGAAUAUAGUUAAUUUCUUAAUAUAUACUAUUUUAAUCAUUGUUAUAAGCAUUAUACUUUGAUGUUUAAAAACCAAAUUAAAUGAUUGCAUUGAUUAUGUGGAAAUACAUUUACCAUAAUGGAAUGGUGUCUGGGUUCAAAAAAAAUAAUUAAAAAAUAUUCAUGGGCAACAG